AUGGUUUCUCAAGUCUUCCUCCUCUCUAAUAUGCUCUCUUUCAUGGAACAGCCUGCCCAGAUCACGAUUGACGAACCUAUAUCAGUGCCAAAGAACUACCAGCACGUUCUGGCCUUAGCAUUUGCUGUCAAAGAAAUCAAUGAGAAUCCCAACAUCUUAUCCAAUAUCUCUCUGGGGUUUCGUAUCCUCAAUAGCUACUACACUGCAAGGAUGACCUAUAAGGCCACCCUCAGCCUGCUCUCCACAGAACAAAGGUUUGUCCCCAACUUCAAAUGUGUCAACCAAAACAAUCUGAUAGCUUUCAUUGGGGGAUGUCUCUCUGAAGUCUCUGCCAACAUGGCCAUCAUUUCAGCAAUCCACAAGACUCCACAGAUGGUCCCAAAUGAGGCCCACCAGUACACAGGUCUCGUGCGAUUACUUCAGCAUUUUAAAUGGACAUGGAUUGGGCUUUGGGCUGUGGAAGAUGACAGAGGGGACAGGUUUUUAAAGACAAUGGUCCCAAUCCUUUCCCCUAAUGGCAUCUGUUAUGCCUACAUAGUAAGAAUACCAAAAUGGAAUUAUGUGGAUGAGAUGAUAGACUUUGCUUUACAACAUUUAGGAACCUAUGCAAUGGUCUUUGAGGAAAACCCAACUGUGUUCAUUGUUUAUGGAGAACCUCCAUCCUUUCAGGUUCAUCAUUAUCUGAGGAGCAUCAUAUUCAAUAAUAGUGCUGCUGAGAAUGUGCACUUUGAUGAAAAUGGAGAAUUGGUUGCAGGUUUUGAUAUUACAAACUGGGUGAUGUUCCCCAAUGGUUCAGUGGUUAGAGUAAAGAUUGGAAGAUUAGAACCUCGGGCUCUUCCAGGCAAAGAGUUAACCAUUCCUGUUGACCAGAUUGUGUGGCAUCCACAUUUUAAUCAGGUGCUGCCCCUUUCUGUGUGCAAUGACAACUGCUAUCCUGGCUACAGCAGGAAAAAGAAGGAGGGAGAGAAAUUUUGCUGUUAUGACUGUGCUCCAUGUCCAGAAGGAAUGAUAUCUGGCCAGAAGGAUAUGGAUGCCUGUGUCAAAUGUCCAGAAGACCAAUAUCCAAACAAGGACCAAACUAGAUGCAUUGCUAAGGUUCCAAGUUACCUCUCUUACAAAGAAGAUUUAGGGAUCAUCUUAGCUACCUUGACUAUUGCUUUCUCAUUGAUCACAGUUUUAGUUCUUGGGAUUUUUAUCAAGCACAGGGAGACUCCAAUCGUUAAAGCCAACAACCGGACCCUCACCUACAUCCUCCUCAUUUCCCUCCUCUUUUGCUUCCUCAGCUCCUUCCUCUUUAUUGGAAAGCCUGGGAAAGUGAUCUGCCUCCUCCGACAAACAGCAUUUGGUGCCAUAUUCUCUGUGGCCCUUUCCAGCAUUUUAGCAAAAACCAUCAUGGUGGUUAUGGCAUUUAUGGCAACCAAGCCAGGUUCUACAAUCAGAAAAUGGGUGGGGAGAAGAUUGACAAAUUCCAUCAUCCUUUCCUGUUCCUUUCUUCAGGUUGACAUAUGUACUCUUUGGCUAAGUACUUUCCCUCCAUUCCCAGACACAGACAUGCACUCAGUGAAUGAGGAAAUAAUACUGGAAUGUAAUGAAGGUUCCACUACCAUGUUUUAUUUGGUCUUGGGCUAUAUGGGUUUUCUAGCCAUUAUCAGCCUCGUGGUGGCUUUCCUUGCCAGGAAAUUACCUGACAGUUUCAAUGAAGCCAAAUUUAUCACUUUCAGCAUGUUGGUGUUUUGCAGUGUUUGGUUAUCCUUUGUUCCAACCUACUUGAGCACCAAGGGCAGAUACAUGGUGGCUGUGGAGAUCUUCUCCAUCUUGUCCUCCAGUUUUGGGUUACUGGCCUGCAUCUUUUCCCCCAAAUGCUAUGUUAUUUUACUGAGGCCUGAGCUGAACAGCAGGGAGCAAUUAGUAAGGAAAAUAAAAUGA